AUGCGAUUUACAAAAUGGAAUUUUCUGAUGUUAGUUCUUGGCAUUCUAAUCUAUAUAUUCGAUUUAAUAGCGGAUAUCUGGGUGUCUGUGAAAUUUUUCUGCAAAGGACAGCAUAUUUUUGGCAUUUUAACAAUGAGCUUUACACUUAUUGCAGCAGGCAUAGUCCAGUGUUUUAGUUUCAUGUGGUACAAGGAAGAUUUUCAGAAAACAGGUCAGAAAGGACCCAGUUGCAGUCUUCUCAUUCAUUGUUUUCAGGGAGGAAUUUUCACAAGGUAUUGGUUUGUUCUGCAGAGGGGAUACCAUUUGGCUUUUCAAUGUAGCAACUCAGAUGGCCUUCCUAGGAGGCCAACCCUGACCCAGGACCCCACAGACUUCCCUACUCUGAGCAGAGAAGAAGCAGCCGACCCCCAUCAGACGGUGAUAAAUGAAGUGACCGACUUGAGCAUGCUCAGGCUAUUCGAAAUCUACCUGGAGGCCUCCCCACAACUCAUGAUUCAGCUCUACAGCUUCAUGGAAUCUGAUCAGACGGGUGGCAGCCAGGUUGCUGCUAUCGUGAUCUCUUGCUGUGCUAUUUCCUGGUCCACCGUUGAUUAUCACAUCGCCCUAAGAAAAUCUUUACCUGAUAAAAAACUCCUUAGUGGAUGCCGUCCCAGAUUAGUGUACCUGCUAUAUAAGCUAUUUACAUUUACAUCUUGGUUCCUGAGUGUUGGUCUUCUAACCCUGAUAAGUAUUAAUUCGAGCUUAAUUUUGCUCAUUAUCCUUUGGUUAUCAGGCAUAACGUGGGCUUGUAAACAGCAAACUACAUUUUGUAUCUCCAAGUUUAUGGAAAUUUUAUACAGAGGAGUCGUUGGGUUCAUUCUGAUUUUUACAUUUUUUAAUGUUAAGGGAGAAAACACAAAAUUCCCUAUGUCUGCUUAUUAUAUCAUGAGGGCGCUGGUCACACUGGGGAUCUUGGUGGUGUUUUGGUCCUGCACACCACCUGAUGAGUAUCAAGAAUUCUUCAUAUAUAUUACCAUCAUCAUAGUUGCAGCUUUUCUGCUCGGAAUUCUUUUUCUUAUUGUUUAUUACACUUCAUUUCACCCAAACAGAAGUGAAGAAAAGAAAAUAUUUGAUGAAGUAGAUGCAAGGAUACCACCAAGAGCCUGUAGAAUAAGACAUUUCCUAAUGCCAUAACUAUAUCUAGUUAUCCGUUUCUGGGAUCUGUUUGUAUUUUAGGGUUUUCAGGAAUUCUGGAAUAAUGAAGGGGAUUAACUAUGCUUUGUUCCCCUUGAGAGUUACAAGGAAGUAAUAGUAAUGACCUGGUAUAAACAGCACUUAGGAGAAGUGGCUUAUCACUGGGAAGUAUGGUGGAAACAACCUAAUUGUCUAUCCAAGUCAACAAGUUGUUAUCAAGUACCUACUACUUUCUCACAGAAAUGUCGACUGAAACUGGCUUAUCUUUCAAAUUGUUUACUAUGAAGAGUUUGCAUUUCCACCUCUGAAUGAAAUGAAUAAAUGUAAAAUAAUAAAAAUAUGUGUAUUUUUAUAAUUAAAUACAAUGAAUAAAAUUCCACUACAUUUCCCCAGCAUA